GUUAAAACAACCUACGUUGAGAAUGAAAUAUUAAAAAUUGAAUAUAAAUAUAAAGUUUUUAGUGACUGGAAAUAAAACUGUACAGAAAUUGUCAUUAUAGAUAGAGUCGUUAGGAAUGCCACUGUAAUUAAAUAAUAAUUUUAAUUACAGUGGCAUUUGUCGGUGUGGCAGACGUUAAUUCAUAACUUUGUAUAUAAGAUUAUACAUCUUUUAACAUUUCCUUAUAAGAUCUUGUCAUUUGUAGUUAAAAAUUUACUAGUAUCUAAUUUGAUCAGAAAUGGAUGCGUGUCAGCGAGGCAAUUGCAUUAUUUGCAAUAAAUCAUUGUCAGAGAAUGCACUUACUAUUAUUGGAGAGCGUACACUUGCAUCUGCUGUUGCUGCCAAUAAUAAUAAUAAUGAGAAUAAUAAACAGUACAAAUCUAGAAAUAUCCACAAUUGUCACACAGUGAAUACAAAAUUCAACAUCACUAAAUCAGCCAAACAAACACGGAAAACCACUCCUACACUGUUAAAUUCACAAAAUACUAGAUUUGAUUUAUCUUUUUUCUCUGAUACAGGAAAAAAUAAAUGUAAAAUUUUGAAAAUUGUGCAAAAAUAUUUUAGCAAGUGGCCUCUUGCGGAGCAAACAGCCAUUACAAAUGAAAAUAAGUGUAAAUAAAUGUUUCGGUGUCGGUGUCGCUAUAUUGGAAAUUUGUUAACUUAAUAUAAUAUAACCAGACAGCACGUAAGCUUGCAUGGUAAGCUUGCCGAAAGAUUGCAGUAUAAGGUUACUGCAAGAUUGCACAGUAAGCUUGCACGGUAAGCUUGUCGCAAAGUUGGUGCAAGGUUGACAAAUAACCUUGCCCCAUCAGCAGAGAAGUUUGCAUUGAAAAGGAGCACUGUGCGCACUUGCAAUCAUAAGCACUGACGGCUGCGCAGUAAAUUACUGUGCAAUCUUGCAGUAACCUUACACUGCAAUCUUUCGGCAAGCUUACCGUGCAAGUUUGGGUUAGGUGGGACAUUUGAAGCUUGCGACAAACUUGCCAUGCAAGGUUGGCAAUAUUGCGCGGCAAGCUUGACGCAAGGUUGCUGCAAGCUUAUGUCCUAUCUGGGUAUAGAAGAUGUUUAGGUUUGAAAUAAUGAUAAAAUUUUUAUGUUAAAAAGAAUUCAAUUAAAUGACAUUUAAAAUUAGGUACAAUAGGUUCCUAACCAAAAAUUUGCAAAACAACAAUAAAUAGCAAAAAAAAAAAAACAUUAAAAAAUUGGUAAAAAAUUGAAAAAAAAUUGUUUUUGAGUAACUUUUCAAAAGAAGAGUAAUUUUUUUAUAUCCAAAAAAUUUUAAAAAAUUGCUUAAAAUUGCAAAAUAACCCUUUUUUAGGGUUAAAAUUCCAAAAAAAUGUUAAAACGGUAAAAUAUGUAAAAUUUUCUGAAGGCAUAUUAUACAAAUGAUU